UGUCUAAUUAGGUUGAUUUUCUCACAGCACCAGCUGUAUACAAUCACCUCACUGCAAUCAGUGUAAGCAGAAGCUGGAAAGUUUUAGUAUCCUUCUUUUCUGUCAUCCCUUGCUAUCAGACUUUCUAGAGAAAGAAGGGACAGAGCGUGAUUCAUUGUUAUCUGGGCUGGUAGUUUAAUCAACACUCUGCUGCUGUUCCUACUGCAGGCGGAUGCAACGGUUAAAACUCACUGCCAUGGAUCUUCCAUUUGGGGUUUCUUGGCUGUGCACUCUGUUGUUAUGGGGCUGCAUCUGUUUUCCUUCUCAGAGAGGUUACAACAUUGCACAUGGAUACUCUCUCAAUGAGAACCCACAAACCUCAAACCAGUUUCAUUCUGGAGCAUUUUUAAACACAAACCAUGAGGAUGAAACAAAGGCUAUGAGAGAACCAGUCCAUGAAAACAGAGAGGAUGUUAGCUCAGUUACUAGCCUUGGUGAAGAGAUGGUACAGAACAAACCAGACUCAGGACAGGACCAAGAUGAGUCUGCAAUGGUCCCCUCUGCUCCCUCUGAGCAGAAAUAUAAGCAUUUGACUUCUGGUAAUCAACAUCCCUUUGGCAUUUUAUUGAAGGAGCACACACCGCAGAAAACUGUGGAGGGUGUCAGUUUCCCAACAAUUGACCAUUUCAUACAGUUUAUAGAGACAAUGAAGAGCUCCUUCUUAACACCAGGAAGUGACUUGAGUGUACAUUUUCAAACAGCUCGAGAAACAUUGAAAAAUGAGUUGACUUCUGGUGCUCAAAAUAACGGAGAGUCUUCCACUACCUCUGAUUCUGUAAAAGACACAUCUGCUCAUGAUAACAGUGAAAAUGAAGUUUGGAGUGAACCUACUAAUACAGUAUUUGAACAGAGUGAGCCAGACACCAACUACCAAAAGCCAAGUGAAAGCCUCUUUUCCCCGGAUCCUUUCAACUCCACUGCAAGUCUAAUUUCUCCAAGUGUUUAUGACAACCAAGACUCUGGCCCCAGCCCUGCUCUCUACCUACACCAUGAUUUAGCAACCACAGAGCAGGUUUCAAGUAAUUAUGGAAGUUUGGCCAUGGGUGGCAUUUCUGGGGAAAACCCUGAUAUUUUCUCAAGUGCUCCAAAUGCGCAAAAGGAAGAUGUUCAGUCGACAAGCAACAAGCUCCCCGAAAAAAUACCCUCUGGUUCAUUCUUUGGAGGGGAUUUUUCUUUGAAGAGCCAUGUGACAGCAUCCCCUGUACACCCACAAAACAGCCCAUCUCAAGAUCUUAGCUUCUAUUCAAGUAAGACAUCCAGUAUAAAACCUUUAACCUCUGAGAAGAAUAUCCAAAAACCUAAAUAUUCAUCUCACAGUGGAGACUCCUCUAUGGGGCAUCAAAAUCCAUCAGGUGGCUUUGAACUUGGUAAAGAUUUCCAUAGAGAGGAGAUACGCAGGGUAACUCAAGCCGAUGUCAGUGCACCAAGAGGUCAACUCUACAUUCCAGAUAAUCUGCCCAAACACGGGCAAAGACCAGCCCAGACAGUUCAGACAGAAUCGAAGGAUAUAAACUACACUCCCAUCAUCCACAUGCCUGUAUCAACUGGUUCUGUCUCUUCAAACUCUGACCUUUCACCUCAGAGUAGUAGUGGUCACGUGAAUGUUGAAUCGAGCAGCCCACAUGACCCUCACAACCAAGUGUAUAGCAGAAAGCAGCCGAUCAGAUUCCACCUGAUGUUUACUGCGAGACCUUCCAGCUCUCCUCAUGACUCAAGCAGACAUGAUGAGUAUCUUGGAAACCAGAGAGUCAGUAUUUCUCGUCCAUCCGUCCUCACUGUCCAAGCUAAAGAUGAGGAAAAAUCUGACCUGUCCAAGCAGACUGCCAGUCAGGAACCAAAACAAGCAAAUGACAAUACUCUGAUUCCCAUUUCUAGCGACUUAAAUUCAACCAAGAGUGGGAUCUUAACUCAGGUUAGUGAUGCUUAUGCAAGAUUUAACUCUACAAAUAACUUGGAUCCAACCUCACAAUUGAAGAAAGCUUUGUCAAGAUUAUUUGGCAAUGAGGUGACAUCCAGAAACUUUGAAAUCAAGAAUAUAAUCUCUGAUAGGUUCCCACAUGGUGAUAUACAUGGUGCCAGAAACCUCUUGGGCUCGUUUUCUACCCAACAAAGGCAAGGCAUUUCUCUAAAUGAUGGCUUUCUGAGUGCUACAAAAGCUGGCCUUCAACAGACCUUCAAACAACUUACCAAAGUACAGAAGCAUCCAGCCAAUGUGAAUGAAGAGCCUGGCAACAUGGCCUACUGGCCCCCUAAACUGCUAUCUGCAUCCAAGGUGUCUGGCUCUACUCUUGGUGGUGUCUUUUGGAGGAAUCAUGGCAACAAAAAAAAGAUUCCUCCCCAAAUGGGCCCAAAUGCUUCACAACCACCAGUAAACGUAUAUAUUAUGAAGUCUAGAAACGGCUAUGUAAGGGGCAAAGAAUCUCAAUCAAAGACCCAUUAUACACCAUAUCAUUACGUUGAAGACAAGACUGCUAAAGAUCAAUGGAAACCUGUCUCAAGAAAACAAAAAGCCCUAUUGUAUCCCACAGUGUAAACGGACGUGAAGAACAGAGGGGCAGAAUCAACACUUCUGAAUGAGCGAGAUAAAAUGGUCAAACCGCUGACUGACAGCAGGUGUUUUAUAUUAGAUCCAUUUCCAUCUUCAACUGGGAGAAAAAUCAAGUUUCUGCAUACAUCCACUGUUAUUAGUAAAGGGAUCAUUAUUUAAUUUAUUUUUUUUUUUUCACUUCUUGAUUGUGUCAUGGGAAAAUCUGCUCAACAAUUUCAGUGUUUUUAGGUUGAUAAUAUAGUCAACUCAAGUAUUGGAGAAGUGAAAUUUGUUUUGACUUUGAUAUUUCUCAGAAGUGAUUGAUCAAUUUCUCGUGUUGGUCUUGUAGUACUGUAGGCCUACCUGAAGUAAGAACUUGUUAAACUUUUCCUGUAACAGGUGUAGGCCUUCUCAAAUAGACAAAAGGACAGCUAGAAAGGAAUACAGAACAGCAAUUAUUAUAAAAUCACUGACUUUUUCAUUUCAGUCAUUUCAGUCUUGGGAAAACUGGAAUUCAACUUGACUUUCAAUGAUAUGUAUGCUACUAAACCAUA